AUGGCUUCGCUGCAGAUGCACUCGGGCGGCAGCAAAAUCACAAAGUCCCGCAACCGCACCGUCGUCAAGCCUAUCCUCAAGAAGCUGCAUUCCCAUCACUCCGACCGCGAGUCGCUCGACCUCGACCGUGGCUGGGACGACCAGCCCUCACCGCGCCUCGCCUCGUUGGACUUUGGCCGUUCGGAUCCCGACGCCGGCGGUCUCUACGCUCCCACCAAUCUCGGCAAGUCGACGCGCGAUGCGGCCUAUGGCGGCCCGAAACACGCCCGCUCGACGAGCGGCGCGUCCGUGGCAACGUCCAAUAGCGGCGGCCGGAACGGAGGCUCCUUUGUCCAUCCUUUCCAGCAGAUGCCGCAGCUCGACAGCUCGCCCACCAUCACCGAGGACGACGGCAACGAGGAUGCCGACCUGUACCCUUCGUCCCAUGCCGCCACCGCCCCAACCGCUCGCCCUGCCGCUCAGACGGCCCCCCUCCAGCAGUCGGCCGCCGGGCCGUCACUUCCCACCCAGUGCACCACCUCCUCGUCGGACAGCACGCAGACCUCGCGCCUUGCCGCGAGCCGCUCCAACUCGGGCUCCGUCCAACGUCUCAUAUCCACGUCCGUGAACCAGAGCUGCUCCGAGCUGCAGCCCAGCGCCGGCACCUCCGUCGUCGACUCACCCCUGUCCCCCUCUGCACCGCCGCUGGUGACGAGUGCCGCUGCAAAUCCGGCUGCCGCCUCGUUCACCCCCCCGACGUCCAUGUCGCCCCUCCGGAGCUCGUUCGACGUUCGAAGCUCGUUCGACAUGAGCGGCUUUCGCCUUCGCUCCCGCAGCGAUGUAGACACCUUUUCGCGCCAGGAGCAGGUUCGGGAGGCCCGUCGCAAGUUUGAGGCAAAGCAACGGGCCAAGGACGAGAAAUACAAUCGCGAGCAGAACCGCAAACGCGAGCGUGCCGAUAGCAAGGAAGCCCAGAAGCUGGACCGCGCCCACUCGCGCUCGCCCAAGGGAAGCCACGCAAGUCUCCCGGUCGGAACCGUCUCCGUCAACGCCCACCGCACCAGGGUCUCCAAUCCCGACAGGGACAUGGACGACCUCCUUGAUGAGAAGCCCACCACCACCGGCCUGCCCGAUCCGAGGGCUGAGGAUGUCCAGUUCAAGUCGCCCCGCCGGACGAGGUCGGCCAAGCACAAAACGGCGAGUGCCUGGACCGUUUUCAUGUUGUGGCUGCGCACCCAGUUCGUGAAGCUCGGAAGGCGAUGA